AUGAGUGAGACAGAAAUCAUCACAAUCCGCAAACCGGACGGAACCACCGAAACCAAGACAGUGUGGACCAGCUUGUUUGAUUUGAUACGGUUGCUGUUAUACAGUUUUUCUCGAAUUUUUCUACAGUCUAAAAAAUGGACAGCCGAGUGUAUUUUUAUUCAUAGAGACGCAUUAUGUCAUUUCAUCAACAAAAUGUAUUAUAAUUUGAGAGUACCAGAUUUUAUAUCCCAGAUCCGGUCCACCCAACCGCAUUUGAUCCUCUCUCCAUUUUGCUGUUUCAUCACACAAUUUUCCACCCUUCUACCAGUUAUUUAUUUACCUGUCCUCCUCCUCCUUCUUCUUCUAUUCCCAUCGAUUUCCUCUUCUGAAUAUAUAUUUUUGGCGUCGACGUCGUCCCGUAAUUGUUUUCAGCAGCUCUUUUUUUCAGAUUUCACAAGUAGAAAAACCAACAAAAAAAUGUAUUUUUUGAAUCGGCAAAACUUGGAAUUCUUUCUAUAUCAUAACUUUUUUUGGGUUUGCUGGUCUUGUUAUUUCUUUUGUACUAAAUUCUCGUCGUCUCCUUUUUCCGAGAAGAAGAAGCUUCAGUUCCACAUGGCUAACAAGGUGAAAAUCAUUCCAACCAACCGUCAAGGACAACUGAACACUGGAUUCUUGGCGACUCUUCCAGGAGUUCUCAAGAUUGCCGAGAUUGUUCUCUCUUCUAUCGCUUUCAUCCUUGCCAUCUGUGCCGAUCGUCGUACAACAACUGCUGCCUUCACUGAGCACAUCUCUUUCGGAUGCGUUUUUGUUGUUACCGGCCUUCUCCUCGGAUACGUCAUCUUCCCACAUCUCACCCUCAAGGAUGAAGCUGCCAGAGAAGGUCUUAUUGUUGUUGAAUUACUGUUCUAUGGAAUCAACACUGUUCUCAACUUCAUCUCAAUCUGGUUGAUGGUUCAUUUGUCUGCUAGUUGGGGAACCGAUGGACGUGGAGCUGCUAUCAUGACUGCCGUCAUCUGCGUCGCCCUGACUGUGUUGUUUGCCAUUGAAACAGUUCUGAAGCUGAAGGCAUGGCGAGGAGAAAACGAACCACAAUCUGUUGUUGAAGCUGGAAAUGCUCAAGCCUAA